AGAUCGUCGUCUACAACAGCAGAUGCUAUCUCGUUACCGUUUUCGUGAACGCCAGUUGCUGUUGGUACCCAGAACUACGGGCAGAGUGAGAGCUCUUUUAGAAGACAAGCUAAGUCGCUGAGGGAAAAAUGUCUCCAUUUUCAAAGUCGUUGAUAGUGUCAGGCAGGAGAAUAUUUGCAACAUGUGUACGGCAUCACUCCUCUCUUACAACUGAACUGAUUGAAAACAUGGAUAAGAAAGCAACCUGGGACCGCUUCUAUGCCGAGAGCAGCAGCAGGACAACCACCUUCAAAAACUUUGAGUGGUUCUUCGGCUUUGAUGCUGUCCAAGACUUCAUUAUGCCCCUUUUGCAGACCAAGUCCUGCCCAGAUGCUCUGCUCCAAGUCCUGGAUAUGGGCUGUGGCACUUCUGCUUUAGGGCCCUGUAUUUACAGAGACUCUCCUCUCCCGGUCCAGGUCACUUGUGCAGACAUUUCCCCCAUAGCUGUGCGACUAAUGCAGGAACACGUCCAAGCCAAAGCCAUUCAACCUCACAAUCUCUCUUCUCAGCUAGAGUUUGUAGAGCUGGACUGCACACAGCUUCACAAGCACUUUGGUUCUAACGGUGUGGACCUUAUAGUUGACAAGGGCACCACAGACGCCUUGUUGAGGUCUAAGGAAGGGAAAGGGAAGGCCGGUCUGGUGCUGAAGCAGUGUUUGAAGGUGUUGCGGAGCUCAGGAUCUCUGCUCCAGUUCUCUGAUGAGGACCCUGAUGCCAGGCUGCUGUGGUUGGAGACUGAGGCACAGGAGCAUGGGGUGAUGGCAAUAAAUGUUGGGGUGCAGGAGGUUGGGGAGCUAAGGGGAGUGUCUUAUUACUGCUACCAAGUGGUUCCUCGCCCUAUUGUAUAGCAGUAAACUUCUACCUCUGGACAGUCAUAAUAUUAAAUGAGUAAAUUAUUGAA